GCCGCGUCCCGUGACUGACGAACGUAAUCUGCGUCGCGUUUCUCUUUAAGGCGCCGCGCGCUGCCUGGAAUUCACGUCACUUCGCCGCGAAGCGUCCGGAUCAAUGAGGUUCCGCGCUGCGCGUUGCGUCGCGCUCCUGCGAGCGACGCUUCCAGGAAGGUGUUAACCAUCGCGCUGCCGCAAUGUAGCGCCCGCUCGCGCGUUUACAAACAACAGAAGUUGAAGUAUUCCGCGCGGGGCGAGGCCAAUGGAUGCGCGUUAAAAUCGCCUGCGCGUCGCGAGGGGAACGUUAUCCAGGGCUUUAUUUCGCGGAAGAACAAGGGAGAGGAAAGUGGAAACAGAACAACUUCCUGAAUUUCAACGAGACAUGUCCGAGUCCCCCUCGCAGGUCAUUAUUAAGCAGGAGAGGAGUGCUUUCAGUCCAUCCGCGAGCCCAUUGCCGAAUUCCACUUCCUCACCCGGCCAUGUCCCGCCCUCUUCAGCUAACACCAGGACAGAAGAGGAACCGACCAGACUGCCUACACACCUGCGCAUGCAGCCGGUGUUCUGGAGCCGGGAGGAUGUGUGUCAGUGGCUGCGCUGGGCUGAGAGAGAGUUCGCUCUGCGGCCGAUAUCCAGCGCCAGCUUCCAGAUGAACGGGAAAGCCCUGCUGCUGCUCACCAAAGAGGACUUCAGAUACCGCUCUCCGCACUCAGGUGAUGUUCUGUACGAGCUCCUGCAGCACAUCCUGAAGCAGAGGAAGCCGUCCCCGUUCUUCCCCAUCGGCUCCUUCCUCUCGCUGAACGACGCUCCGCUGCAGACGCACAAACACGAAGAAACGGUACGCCGGCCGCCGCGCGGCACAGAGACUCAUUCCCUGCAGCCGCCCACCAUCGAGCUUCGCCAUCGCUCGCGGUCGCCCCAUCAGCUGCCCGUGCCGCUGCGCUCGGCCGAGGACCUCCAGCAGGCGUCCUCACAGCUGCCCGACAGCAACCAUCACCUGCCGGAGGACGUGUACCCGCUGUCUGUGUCUCCGGCCGCGGCUAACGGGCACUGCGUGCUUCCCCGUGACCCCCCGCGGCCCGCCAGCCCGUGUCAGGAGGAGGCGGCUCCACCGCGCGUCAUCCAGCUCAUGCCUAGCGCCAUCAUGCACCCGCUAAUGAGUCCGGGCCGCGGGCACACGGCGGGCGACUUCAGGCACGGACGCGGCACGCCGCAGGAAAACGGCCGCGAGGGCAAAGGUCAACAGCACAACGCCGUUCACUACGCCUCUCACAGCCUAAACCUCGCGGCUCACCAGCUCCCCCUACAGGACGAGCGCCACUACCGCAACCACAUCAUCAUGCCUGUCUCGCCCCCCGAGGAGCAGGCCACGCCCAUCGGCCGCAUCGCAGACUGCAGGCUCCUGUGGGAUUACGUCUAUCAGCUUCUGUCGGACAGUCGCUACGAAAACUACAUCCGCUGGGAGGACCGCGAGACCAAAGUGUUCCGCAUCAUGGACCCCAACGGCUUGGCUCGCCUGUGGGGGAACCAUAAGAACAGAACCAACAUGACGUAUGAGAAGAUGUCGCGAGCGCUGAGACACUACUACAAACUCAACAUCAUCAGGAAGGAGCCGGGACAGAGACUGCUCUUCAGGUUCAUGAAGACCCCAGACGAGAUCAUGAGCGGGCAGACGGAGCGUCUGGAGCACCUGGAGUCAGACACAGACGAUCAGAUCUACGUGAAGGAGGAGUGCUGAGCCGAGACGCUCCACACCAUGAACUUCUGAAGCCACAGAUGCCUCGGUCCGUCUGACCUUUGACCUCUGUGUGACCUCCAGACCACGGAGGAUCUGCACUGCACUGCUCUCAGUCUGUCGAACCCCUCCUACUCGCUGUUUUUAUAGUCUUCUACUUCAGCAAACUUCACGGUGACAAUCAUUUUAAUGACAAACGAUGCUCUUUUACAAAUCAGAUCUAGAAAUUGUUGGUGCAGCUUUUUUCUCUUUGGUAAGUAUAUUGUACGAAGAUCUGUCGCGAUUUGUAUAAACAUGGGAUGACUAGAAUGCUGGUGAAAAUGUGAUUCAAUUCUACAAUAAAUUUUACUGAGUGACA